AUGAACAUGAAACACAACAUUUUUGCGCUCUUCGUAACCCUAACACUUGUGGGCAAUGGAGUAGGGUUAAAGUAUAGGGUCUGCAAGUUAGCGUGCGAUGAGAUGGGCUUAGAUAAGUGUUCAAAACUGUGUAGAACUACAAAAGGUGAUGCUUUCAUUGAGAAUUCCUGCUGGAAGGAUUGUUCAUCGUGUGCGGUUCAGUCUAAUGCAGCGACUGUCCUCAGGGAGUAUAUUCAAUACUCGAAUUUUGACCAAAUUGUAAGCGGCCACGAUGGUGCGGAAGGUCCUGUUUUCACCAAAGAUGGAACCUUUUACAUGACUGCACUCCACGAUGGUCAAAUCCUCACAGUCGACUUACAAAAUAAACUAGCAAGUGUCUUUGUUGAGCCAAUAGUUGGUGGGUUUGUCGGAAUGCCAGUAGGAUUGCAAUGUGAUCCCGAGAACAAUAUUUGGGUUGCUGACGCGAGACUUGGCUUACUAAAAGUGACACCAGGUGGCACUCUCCGACAAGUGGCAACCAUGGACAUCAAUAAUGAAAUUUCGCAAGGGUUUAAUGAUCUAAUAUUUGACUAUCAUGGUACUCUGUGGAUCUCUGCCCCAUUGGGUCCCAUUGCCCCGCAUAACCUCACAUUUUCAUAUGAGGAUCCAUUUGGGAGCGUGUACUGUUACAACGAUGCAACUGAAGAGCUUAUAAAGCUGACCACUGGAUUCUUGUGGCCAAAUGGUAUAGCUGUACAACAUGACGUCGAUGGGACUCCUAAGAAACUGAUUUUCGGAGAGUCAUUUAAUAAAAAUGCACCUCUCUGGAGUUACGAUAUCGUUGGUCCUUGUCAGAUUAAAAACAAGCAGCUUUGGGGAAAUCUACCUGUAAACAUAAUAUCAGAUGGUAUGGAUUUCGACAAAGAAGGAAACCUUAUAGUAGCAGGAUAUGAUGGCUUUCUUCAUGUUUUCGGCCCUAAUGGAGGAGCACCAAUUUGUCGUAUUAAGUGCCCCUUUACGGAAGCUUCAAACGUUCAUUUUAAGCCUGGUACAAAUGAGCUGUAUAUCACUCAGGAUUCUUCCCAAGGUGUAUGGAAGAUGCAAUGGAGAGCCAAAGGAAUGGAACAAUAUUGUGACUUGGGACAGAUCUAGAGUUAAGAGUUUUAACGCCCAUUAGGGAGGUUAAGAUUAGCGU